AGGAAGAUUUCAUGAACCCUGGAAUUUGAGGCCAGUGUGAGCAUCAUAAAGAGAUAUUGUUUGCUAAUUUUUGUUUUAAAGUAAGGUCAAUUAUUUGCAUUAGAAGAGAAAGUAUUUCAAAUAAACUAUAAGUUAAAUAAUAACUUUCAAAUGGAGUAAAAAAAAUCACUAAAUUUAAAAGACUGGCAAACAUAUCACUGAAAAAUAUACUAAAUAUUUACAUCAUAAAUUAUUCUAGGAACUGGAGAGAUGAUUCAGCAGUUAAGAAUACUGGCUGAGGCUUUUUCGUCAAGAUGGCGCCUAAAGCGAAGAAGGAAGCUCCUGCCCCUCCCAAAGCCGAAGCUAAAGCGAAGGCCUUGAAAGCAAAGAAGGCAGUGCUGAAAGGCGUCCACAGCCACAAAAAGAAGAAGAUCCGCACAUCGCCCACUUUUCGGCGGCCCAAGACUCUGCGGCUACGAAGGCAGCCUAAAUACCCCCGGAAGAGCGUGCCCAGGAGGAACAAGCUUGACCACUAUGCCAUCAUCAAAUUCCCCCUGACCACCGAGUCAGCCAUGAGGAAGAUAGAAGACAACAACACACUGGUGUUCAUUGUGGACGUCAAGGCCAACAAGCACCAGAUCAGACAGGCUGUGAAGAAACUCUACGACAUUGAUGUGGCCAAAGUCAACACCCUCAUAAGGCCCGACGGAGAGAUGAAGGCAUAUGUUCGGUUGGCUCCUGAUUAUGAUGCGCUGGAUGUUGUCAACAAAAUUGGAAUCAUCUAAACUGAGCCCAGUCGGCUAAUUCUAAAUAUCCACUUUUUC